AAACAGAUAUGAUGAAUUAUUGGGAUCGACUUAUGAUGAAAAUGAAGUUUAUUUUCGGUCUACUGACACUAGUAGGACAAUUACUACCGCCUGGUGGGUCGCAGCCGGCCUUUACUCAAAUGCCAGACCACAAAAUUGGAAUUCAACACUAUUUCCAAUAUAUAUUCCAAUUAACAUGGUAUCUUAUGAAGAAGAUACUCUUAAUAACGCAUUCGCGUUGUGCGAAAAUUACUUAAUCGAUAAACAAAUAUCCGAAAACAUUGUAAAACAGCAAGAAGACUUAAAAAAAUUGAAAAUACUUCUUAAAUAUUUAUCAGCUCAUACCGGUAUUGAACAUUCAAGCAGUUCUCAAAGCUUAAGUCUUUAUCAUAAUUUCGUUGCUCAGACUAAUCUUGGUCUUGAGACAGAACCGUGGGUGGACUCGGUCUUUCCAUACGGACAACUUUGGAAUAUGAGCGUUAUUGAAUACAAGCUUCAAAGUUACACAAACAGAAUGAAGCGGCUUACUGGUGGAAUUUGGAUUAGAAAAUUUUUGGACCAUGUCAAUAAUUUUGUUGAGAAAACAGACGAUUAUAAAGCAUACUUUUAUAUCAAUCAUGAAUUCCAUACCGCAGCGAUUCUUAAUACUCUUGGAGUUUAUGAUCCUCAUAUUCCAAAUUAUCUUAGCACCGUGAUAUUCGAAUUACAUGAAAUUAAUAAUGAAAUCUAUGUUAAGGUGAUUCACAAAAAAGGCCAUAUGCUGACAAAACUUGUGAUCCCAGGAUGCCAAAAAUCACUUUGCUCGCUUCAAACAUUCGAAAAAGUUUUGAAAAAUGUAACUCUUGAUGACUUUGAAGAAGAUUGCGGCAAACGAACCUAUUUUGAGUCCUUAAAAUGAAUUUUCAGACAAUUUGCAGCAUGAUUCAAAUAU